CGAGCCCCGAGCCCCGAGCGAGCGCCGCCGCCGCCUCUCGCCAGCCGCUCCCCGGACGCGCCGCCGCCGCCACCGCCGGCAAGGCAGCCGGUGCCGGGCAAGUUGCGAGUGCGCUUCUCCGCCCGGGGAAACUUUCCCCCGCGGCCGCCGCCGGGAGUUGGCGCGGGAUCCGGCCACUGCCGCUGGAAGAGUUUAUCCUGAAGCUACCCUCAGAAAGAGACUGCAAGAGAAUCUUGACAUCCCUAAAAGGAAAAGACACCAGUUGAAAGAGGUGCCCCUGGGAGGCGUUGCUCAUUAAGGCCAUGAGGGAACUUCUAAUAACGACCAUGUGUGUCUUUUGAGCACGUUGCACUGAUGGCUCACCUGAUUUCCCACAACCACCCGGGAAAGCAGACAAAGCAAGGUUCACUCCGCCCAUUUUAUGGAUGAGAACCCAGAGGCUCCAAGAAGUUGACUCCUCCCACGGCACAAGGCCAGUGGGCAUCUCCUGGACAGCCCCAAGCCUGCAGGGACCAGACCUUCCGACCCCAUCAUCCAAGCUACGUGAACCCUUUGAAUUUGAACUUCUCAAAACGUGGGCACAACCUUUUUCCAGACUUCUCGACGCGGGCUCCCCAGGACAAGCUGGGCCAAUAAAGAAAAUAUACAGGAACCCCUCUGACCAAGAGACUGUCCUGCUGACAUCAGAAGAACUGCCCAGGGGGAGCGCCAUGGAAGGCGACUGUCUGAGCUGCAUGAAGUAUCUGAUGUUUGUCUUCAAUUUCUUCAUAUUUCUGGGUGGGGCCUGCCUGCUGGGCGUCGGCAUCUGGGUCAUGGUGGACCCCACCGGCUUCCGGGAGAUCGUGGCCGCCAACCCCCUGCUCAUCACGGGCGCCUACAUCCUCUUGGCCAUGGGGGGCCUGCUUUUUCUGCUCGGCUUCCUGGGCUGCUGCGGGGCCGUCCGGGAGAACAAGUGUCUACUGCUGUUGUUUUUCUUGUUCAUCCUCAUCAUCUUCUUGGCGGAGCUCUCGGCGGCCAUCUUGGCCUUCAUCUUCAGGGAAAACCUCACCCGCGAAUUCUUCACCAAGGAGCUCACCAAGCACUACCAGGGCAACAACGACACAGACGUCUUCUCUGCCACCUGGAACUCUGUCAUGAUCACGUUUGGUUGCUGCGGGGUCAACGGGCCCGAAGACUUUAAGUUUGCAUCAGUUUUCCGACUCCUGACUUUGGACAGUGACGAGGUGCCGGAGGCCUGCUGCCGGAGAGAACCCCAGAGCCGGGACGGGGUCCUGCUGAGCAGGGAGGAGUGCCUCCUGGGAAGGGACCUGUUCCUGAACAAGCAGGGCUGUUACACGGUGAUCCUCAGCGCCUUCGAAACUUACGUCUACCUGGCCGGAGCCCUCGCCAUAGGGGUGCUGGCCAUCGAGCUUUUUGCCAUGAUCUUUGCCAUGUGCCUCUUCCGGGGCAUCCAGUAGAGGGCAUGGCCUGAAGAUUGAAGACUCACCCCACCCACCACGGCCCAGCACCCAAUGCUCUCCCCUCCCCCUCCCCCCUGCCCUCUUGGCCCCAGGGGAGGAGGUGAGGCCGUGAUGAGUGGCCAGGAAGUGGGGCAGAGGAAGAUAGCUAUUUUUUUAACAAAAAAAAAAAUGAAGGCAAAAAUAUGGACUGAUGUAGCCCGUCUGGACUCCGGAAUGGGCGCCAUGGGCUUCUCCGCAGGGGCCCGGGCACCUGAACCCAGGAUGCAGUCUGCACUAGAGACCAAAGCAACACCAGGGCCAGGCCCCCUCCUUGGUGCAGCCAAAUCUGGCAGCCCGGGACCUGGGCCCUCAACUCACAGCUUCAGGAUCUGGUGCCAAGGAAGUCAUAAGGAUUUAGGCACGAAGGAGGCAAAAGAAAAUUGUGGAGAAAGGUUGGCAAAGCCCAGGGGCCCCGAGGAGACCUGGUCACCAUGUCCUUGAGGACUUGGAACCUACUUGGAGUCCCUGGUCUUCCGAGGGUGGAGUUGUCCCUGCCUCAGGCCGGGGCUAAGAGUGGGCUGCAGAUGCUGCAUCCAAGGAUGGCCCAGCCGGUAGGGUCCGUGCUUCCCCAUCUGUUGGAGCAAAUAACCUGGAAAGCCCAGAGAGGUGCAGUUUCUCACCCACAGUCACACAGCACAUGCGUGACGGUUCUGAACAAGAACCCCGCCAUCCCUGGGCUGCCUGUCACUCCUUCCAAGGCUCUGUUGGUCCCAGCAGACCUACCGCUUACACCCCUCCCUGGCCUCUGCAUCCUGGUUUCCCCAGAAGAGAGCGGGCAAGCUGGUCAGGAAUUGCCUCUUCCCGACACCACAGCUAAGAAAAUUCUGGACUCUGCCCUCCCUGCUCUCCCUGCCACCUCCCCACACUUUUCUCUAAGUCCCAGGGACACACACAUGCACACACACCACAGCCCGUUUUCUACACUGCCCACCUUUCCUCCCCCAACUCCCUGGCCCCCGGGGCUGGAAGGAACCCCCAAGAUCACCUGGUUCUCUCCUCACUCAGAACUGCCACUCAGAUGU